CUCAAUCAGACCGUUACGAACAAAAAUCCACUGAAUCUUUAAAAAAAGUCCUUUGCGAGGAAGAAGACAAAACAAAACAGACCGUGCAAAAACAAUCUGAGAUACUGAUCGGCAUAAAGUAAUGGAGGAUACGAUUUCAAACCCAAGCAUGAUGGAACCUCUGUUAUUCCCCGUCGAUAACCCCAUGUCUCUCCUACUUUCUCAGUACUCCGAUAACCACCACAACAAUCUCUUCGGGCUCGUGAGAGGUCCCAGAUACGGAGAAUACGCUACGUUACGCGAAUCAAAGCUUCGACUGAAGCGAGAGUACGAGACCAUACUUAAGGAAGAAGAAGAGAGGUUCUUCGGCGGAGCCAAGAAGCAUGAAAUUAGGGUUUCAUCUCCGGAGAAGAAGACGAGAUUCGGGUUCAAAUACAACCCUAAUUCGAGGAGACUGUCUUCGUCCUCCUCGUCGUGUUCGUUGGCUCAGUCUGUUCCUGACUUCUCCGCCAUGAUCCGUAAGGAGAAUCGCCGCCCUGCUAACUCGAAUUUGCUUCCGCGGAGAGCGGAUCUCGCAACGCCUCCGUGUAAGAGCAGAAACGGCGCCGUUUUCGGAUCGGCUUCUUCCGCUAGAGGAAGCGUGAGUGGUGGAGAUAAGAAGAGGAUGAUGGUGCGUAAGAGCUACGCCACCGUCGAAGAUCUGAAGAAAGUAUCAAUGGCUGCUGCUUCUGGUAUUAAUGGCGGCGGCGGCGGCGGUGGAGGAAGGAAAUCAAUAGGCGGUGGUGGUCGGAAAUCGAUAGGUGGUGGUGGUGGUGGUCGGACUAUUCUAGGUUACAGACAAAUCUACUGAUACAUUUGUCACACAAUUCGAAUGUGUGUUUUCUCUAGUAUUUGAUUCUUUUUAGGUUUUGGUUGAUAAAAGAUUGUUGUUAUUUUUUUUUUCUAUCUUGAGUUUGGUUUUGGUGAUUGAUAGAUGUGUGAUAGAACUUAAAAGCUUGCGUAGUUAUCAGAAAAGCUAAUUAGAUUUCA